GACUUCCUGUUUUCAUCCUGCACCGUAAAGACUGCGGGUUGGUCGAGCUCUGUUCUGAUAAUCGGGCCUUUCCAGGACCACUACAAGACCGGGAUGAAGGAGGAGAACCAGGACCCGGACUUCACCGACCAGGACCACUACAAGACCAGGAUGAAGGAGGAGAACCAGGACCCGGACUUCACGGAACAGGACCACUACAAGACCAGGAUGAAAGAGGAGAACCAGGACCAGAAUUUCAUCAACCAGGACCAUUACAAGGCCGGGAUAAAAGAAGAGAACCAGGAUCCAGAUUUUGUCAACCAGGACCACUACAACAGUGGGAUAAUGGAGGGAAACCAGGAUCCUGAUUUCAUUAACCAGGACUAUUACAAGAUUGUGAUUAAGGAGGAGAACCAGGAUCCAGAUUUCAUAGACUACGACCACUACAAGACUGGGAUGAAGGAGGAGAACCAGGACCCGGAUUUCUUAGACCAGGACCACUACAAGACCGGGACGUUGGAGGAGAACCAGGACGCGGACCACCAGAGCAACAAGCCCGUUGGUCCCACCGGUCUGCAGAAACAGAGAUGCACAAAGACUCAGAAGAGAGUUCGCACUAACGAGAAGCAGCACAGCUGCGACCACUGUGGGAAUACUUUCACAUCUUCAGGUAAUUUAAAAACCCACCGCAGGAUUCACACUGGAGAGAAACCGUACAGCUGUGACCAAUGUGGGAACUGUUUUACAACAUCAAGUCAUUUAAAAACCCACCAAUGGAUUCACACUGGAGAGAAACCCUACAGCUGUGAAUACUGUGGGAACACCUUCACAGCUAUAAGUAGUUUAAAAAACCACCAGCGCAUUCACACUGGAGAGAAACCGUACAGCUGCAGUCAAUGUGAGGCAACUUUUAGUAGGUUAUAUCACCUGAAGUCCCACUUACACAUUCACUCUGAAGAAAAACCGUACAGCUGUGACACAUGUGGGAAAGUUUUCUCUCUGGCAGAUCGUUUAAAAAGGCAUCAACUAGUUCACACUGGAGAGAAACCACACAGCUGUGACCAGUGUGGGAAGUCUUUCAUGAAGUUAAGUAAUCUGAAAGUCCAUCAGCGUGUUCACCUCGGAGAGAAACCUUACUGGUGUGAUCAGUGUGGGAAUAGUUUUACUAGUUUAAGUAAUUUAAAAACUCACCAACGCAUCCACACUGGAGAAAAGCCGUACAGCUGUGAUCAGUGUGGGAAAGCUUUCAUGACUUCCUGCAGUUUAAAACGUCACCAACGCAUUCACUCAAGGGAGAGACCGUACAGCUGCGACCAGUGUGGGAAAGCUUAUGUGACUCUGAAGGAGCUGCACACUCACCAACACCUUCACAGUGGAGAGAGGCCGUACAGCUGUGACCUGUGUGGAAAGACUUUUGCAACUGUAAGUAGAUUGAAGCCUCACAAACGUAUUCACACUGGAGAGAAACCGCACAGCUGUGACACAUGUGGCAGAGCUUUUGUGACUUUAAGUCAAUUAAAAUCCCACAGACGCAUUCAUACUGGAGAGAAACCGUACGUCUGUGAUCAGUGUGGCAAAGCCUUUUCCUCUUCAAGCCAAUGUAUCGUCCACCAGCGCGUCCACACCGGAGAGAAGCCGUACAGCUGUGACCAGUGUGCAGCAGUUUUCUCACAGUCCGGGGAUCUAAGAAACCACCAGCGGAGUCACACGGGAGAGAAGCCGUUCAUUUGUGAUAAAUGUGGGAAAGCUUUCAGCAGGUCGACCAGUCUGAAAAUCCACCAACGUGUCCAUUGUCGGGACUUCCUGUUUUCAUCCUGCACCGUAAAGACUGCGGGUUGGUCGAGCUCUGUUCUGAUAAUCGGGCCUUUCCAGGACCACUACAAGACCGGGAUGAAGGAGGAGAACCAGGACCCGGAUUUCAUUGACCAUGACCAAGAGAAUACCGGCAUAAAGGAGGAGAACCAGGAUCCAGAUUUCAUCGAUCAGGACCUCUUCAAGACCGGGAUGAAAGAGGAGAACCAGGAUCCAGAUUUCAUUGAAAAUGACCAAGAGAAUACCAGCGUAAAGGAGGAGGACCAGGACCCGGAUUUUGUUGACCAGGGCCACUACAAGAUUGUGAUUAAGGAGGAGAACCAAGAUCCAGAUUUCAUCGAUGAGGACCACUACGAGACUGCGGUUAAAGAGGAACACCAGGACCCAGAUUUCAGCGACCCUGACCAGGAGAAGGUCGGCAUAAAGGAGGAGAACCAGGAUCCAGAUUUUAACGACCAGACCGGGACGACGGAGGAGAACCAGGAGCAUCGGAGCCUGGAGGCUGCUGGUCCUGCCGGUCUACAGAAACAGAGACGCACAAAGACUCGUCAGAGAGUUCACGCUAAAGAGAAGCAGCACAGCUGUGACCAGUGUGGGAAGACUUUCACAUCUUCGAGUCAUUUAAAUACCCACCACAAAUUCAUUCACUGUGGAGAGAAACCGUACAGCUGUGACAGCUGUGGGAAAUCUUUCUCUGUGGCAUAUCGCUUAAGAAGACACCAACUAAUUCACACUGGAGAGAAACCGCACAGCUGUGAGCAGUGUGGGAAGUCUUUUUUGAAAUUAGGCAAUUUAAAAGUCCAUCAGCGUGUUCACCUCGGAGAGAAGCCUUACUGGUGUGAUCAGUGUGGGAAUAGUUUUACAAAUUCAGGUAAUUUGAAAGCUCAUCAACGCAUCCACACUGGAGAGAAGCCGUACAGCUGUGAUCAGUGUGGGAAAGCUUUCAUGACUUCCUGUAGUUUAAAACGUCACCAGCGCAUUCACACUGGGGAGAGACCGUACAGCUGCGACCAGUGUGGGAAAGCUUUCGUGUCAUCAAGUAAGUUACACAUCCACCAACGCCUCCACACAGGGGAGAAACCAUAUAGUUGUGAUUUAUGCGGUAAAGCGUUUGUAAGUUUAAGUAGAUUAAAACCUCACCGACGUAUUCACACUGGAGAGAAGCCGUACAGCUGUGACAUAUGCGGAAAAGCUUUUGUGACUUUAAGUCAAGUGAAACCCCACCGACGUAUUCACACAGGAGAGAAACCGUACAGCUGUGAUCAGUGUGGCAAAGCUUUUGGUUCCUCAAGUCAAUAUACAGUCCACCAACGCAUCCACACUGGAGAGAAACCGUACAGCUGUGACCAGUGUGGCGCUGUUUUCUCACAGUCAGGGGAUCUAAAAAACCACCAGAGGAUUCACACUGGAGAGAAACCAUAUGUUUGUGAUAAGUGUGGGAAAGCAUUCGGUAGAUCGAGUAUCCUGAAAAUCCACCAACGUGUCCAUGCCAGUUAGAAACACAAGCUAACUGUUUUCUCCUGCCUUAUGUCGGUUGUGCUAGCUGUGUCCUGACUCACCAAGAUUAACAAUAAUCCUCAUAACUCAAUGUCAGAGAAAGUAAAUUGUGUUUCACUGAUACUGUUAACUGUUAAGAAAGACCUGUGAGGAUAUUAUGGCUGCUCAUCAGUUGACCAGGUUUUGAGUGCAGGUUGUUUGUAGGAGUAAAAGUCAAACUGUUCCCUGCUGUUAUUGGAUAGUGAUGUAACUGAGCGUCUUGAGUUAACUUAACUUUAAAACGUUUCUGUUAGUAGGUGAAUAUGUUGUUCAUCAGGAUUCAACCCCUGUCACUUCAUUUUUCCAGUAAUUAUAAGUGGUUGCACUUAAUAUUCACUAAAAUGUAGUCCAUUCUAUGUUUGGGUUCGAACAUAACGUUUUGAUUAAAUGUUCUAACGCUAACCACAGGAAAGUUCUGAUUGGUUUUUCAUACAUAUAUAUAUAUGUAAAAUAUUUUUCAUUAAAUAAAUUAAAAAUUGAUACUUUGGGAUCAAUAUGUUUUGGCAGAAAUAUAAAAACUCAAAAUUGUCAGACAGGCCUUAUUACAUUUGUAUUGUUUUUAUUUCAAAGGCUCAUAUUAGGUUUUUUAAAUUUCUCUGUAAUGAAGCACAGUGUUAACAACAUUAUUUAUAACAUUCUGUCUCAGCUUUGGAAAAAUAUUUAUUUGUAUAAUUAAUAUUAUAAAUGUGUGACGAUUACUCGACUAAUGGCUUGAACUAACGAUUCCCAGUCAUCUAGGACAGUCUUUGAUCGGGGGCCCUGCAGUAUACAGUAUAGUUCUUAAGUGUAGAAGUACACAUUUCUGAAAAUUUUAACAGGAGCAAAAUUGUGAACAGGUGUUCUGGCCGAAAAGUGAAAUUUUUUGAAAAUUAGAAAGUACUUAUUGAUUAAAGAAAUUACCUUUUUGUCUUCACUUGUGAGACAUUUGUGCUAAAAUAAGGAAUUACAUUUGUAAAUGAAAUAAAAAAACAUGAGUAAAACUAAUUUGAAAGUCAAAAAGGAAAACACUAAUAAAAAAUGCAUGUCUACAGUUAAUACCUAACACACAAAAAAUAAGCUCACUAUGGGUAAACAGUUUUGAAUUUUUCAGAUGGAACGUUCUCCCUAGAUCAGUUAUUGAUAUAAUCUUAAGAUGUUUUAGCUACCUCACAUUACCUGUCAAAAAUCAGUUGGUGUCUUCUGGCAGAGAUGUAACCAUCAGCCGGUAGUUACUAAACGAAGCUGGCAACAGUGUGCUACGAAUCAGAGCCCGACUGAUCUAGGAUAUUUAAGGGAAAUAUUGAUUUUGAUAUCUGCAGAUGAGGCAUAGGGAGUGUCUGAAUCAGAUGUCACAGUGUGCACCUUUAUUUCACUCUGAUAAUCCCUCUAAUAUUACCAGUUCUAUACAGCUGUUUCAAAUGUGAUGGUCAGAAUUUAAAGACAAACCACUGAUUUACAAAGCACUGACAGUAACUGAACUGAGUUUCAGGUCUUACGUCAUCAAUAAUGUUACAUGCUAAUGGUUCGUUAGCUGUUUCAUACUGACGAGCCAUGGUAAUAUCUAGCUUUGUGGCUAAUUAGUUCAGCAACAGACUCCAAGUCUCUUCAGCUGAGCUGUGAUACGUUUGGUGGAUUAAGAGGGAUUAGCAUGUUGCUAACUGCUACUACAAAUGUAACAUGUAAUAC